CGCGACAGUCUUCAGCUCUGACUCCCGACUUGGCCUCGUUUCAUGAGUCCAAGACCCCAUCUCAUCGGAGCCGAGCUCAAUCUGUCUUUCUGGCCUUUGUCUUCAGGCGGAAGGGAAAUCAAAGACCAGACGGGAUCACAUUCAAUGCAGUCGGGCUGCAUCCUAGUGUUCCCCCGCUGUAACUCACUUGCAGAUCAGUCUACAGCCUCCCCGUCGAGAUCAACGACGUCGGUGGCGAUGAGGGAAUGCAAGGCUUCGACUUGAUCUUCCUUUAUAUUUAUCAUCUUCUCAAAUUCUUUUUCAUGGGGGAUAUUCUGGAUUGUUUCAAUUGUGGUACGCGUCGGCGUCUUCUGUGUCUGUUUGACGGGUUACCAUCGUCGAGACGUGAAACUGUACACAUUGGAGACUACAAUGUAUAUCGUAAUCUAAAAUGGCGACAGGAUUCUGAAAGCUUUCUGCAUGGUCCAUUUGCUGUGCCGCAGUGAGUGACACAUGCAUUUGGCAACAGCUAUCUCAAAGGAAUAUGCAGGCCGUACGGUGCUGUGCCGCAGAGGUUUACGAGCCUGAACAGAUCCUGAUGAGCAGUCUGCAAGCUCCGUCAGCCUCUGUGCGCAUUUUAUAACCGGGCUUUCGUCACCCAGAAUCCCAGAAAGCAUUCAGAUUCUGACGAGAAAAGUCAUGUCGCGGCUGGUUUACACGGAAAUAUGGCCGAACACGGCUCUCACGACCGAAGUUGACGACUACGCCUUCCAACAUGUUCACAAGAGCUCGCCUGGUGCCCAGCCUCCCGUUGACAUCCUUGACAAGGUAUACGCCAACCAAGUCGCCGCGGGCAUGCCAAAUAUCGCCGUCUCUGAAAACCAAGGUAAAUUCCUGCAAGUCCAAUGCCGCAUCGCGAACGCGAAACAUGUGCUGGAGUUCGGGACGCUGGCUGGUUACUCGACGCUCUACAUGGUGCAUGCAACACCCCAGACAAAAGUCACCACGAUCGAGGUCAAUCCGGACUUUGCCCAGGUGGCUCGAGCGAACUUCGAGUUGGCGCAAGUCGCCGAUAGGAUCACAAUCCUGGAAGGACGUGGAGUCGACGUGGUUGCCAAACUUCUUGAAGACUUUCACGCUGGAAAGGUGGAGCCAUUUGAUGUGACGUUCAUCGAUGCCGACAAGAUAUCCAACUGGAUCUACUUUGACCACGCCGUGCAGAUGAGCAGGUCAGGUGCGAUCGUUAUCGUAGACAACAUUGCUAGAGGGGGAGAUUCUGGCCCGAUCGUUUGGCCAAGCAUGCAACAGGAGCCAAGCGUCAUUGGCUGCAGAGAAGUCAUUGAAAAAGCCGGUGCUGAUCCGAGAGUGUCAGCUUCGUUACUGCAGACCGUAGGCGGCAAGAAUUAUGACGGUAUGCUGAUAUGUGUGAAAUUAUGAUAUGAUUCAGUGUGCUUGAAGCGGGGAAUUAAUAGAUCAAUUUAGCCAUAUGUCUACAAUCUCAGCAUUGAGCCUCUCCCAAGCUGUCUUCCAAACUCGCCCGACACCUUUUCUGGACGCAAUACCUGUUGCGUCCCGUUCUAUAGCUAAGACAUUG